AUGGCAAUAUCUAUUUUAAUUGAAUUGUUUGGUUAUACAUUGAGUCUAUAUAUUUCACAUAAAAAAGACUCAAUUGACAUUUUAACAACUAAUUUAUUAAUUAUUCCAUCAUUUACUCAAGAACAAGUAUCAUUACUCGUAGAUGAAACGGAAUUUUUUCAAUAUAUAAUUGCAUAUUUUUGGGAAUAUUUAAGUGAUAAAUAUGGUCGAGAAUAUAAUUUAAAAGCUUCACAUCUAUUAUCAAUAGUUCAUUCCAUGUUACCAAAUAAUUUAUGUGAAGAUUUAAUACUUAAUCAAUUAUCUUUAAAAAAUAUUCAACAAAUUGAAAUUGAUAUUAAAAUUAUUGAAGAAUAUAAAAAAUUUUUUAAAUUAUGGAAUUCAACUCGUGAUAUUCCUCAUUUCAAAAAUGAACAUAUAACAAAAUCAUUUCAAAAUUGUUUAAUUUAUGUUUUAAAAAUACUUAAAGAAUCAAAUGAUUAUUGUUUAAAAUCUAUUGUACAAAAAUGGACAUCUGAUUGUUUUAUUCAUGGAGAUGUAUGUCGAAUAUUUGAUAUACUUCUUAUAAUGCUUUUACAUUCCGAUACAGCACGUGUUAGUAUACAACGAUUUGAUCCAAUUGUUCAUAAAGAAUUUUUUCUUGAUCAACAAAUUGAUUCAAAUGAAAUAAGAUUUUCUGUGAUAUCUGAUGAUGAAACUAAUGAAGAUUAUGAUGAUGAAUUUAUACAUGAUGAUGAAGCUCAAGAAGUAGAAAGUAACAAUGAUAAACAAAUUCGUACAAUUAGUUUAAUGACUAGUAGUGAAUCUGUCGAUCAUAUAAAAUCUUCUCCACAACCAAUAAAAUUUCCAACCAUUUCAAGUCUUUCACAACCAAUUCUUUUCAAUAUUCGUUCAUUUUCACCUCCAACUUUAUUAAAAUCGGUUAAACAACGUACACCUACAAUGCCAACUUUAUUUAAUCGAAAUAAUACUCAAUUCGAAUCAAGCAAUAAUAUUAUUAUUAAUAAUUCAUCUUAUUCACAGUCAAUGCCAAAUAGUAGUAUCAUGAGUGAAUCUAAUUUAUCACAAAUGAAUGAUUCUAUGGAUUUUCAAAACGCUUAUAUAUUACUUUAUACUCAACCUUAUGAUUAUAAUCGUAUAAUAUUAUCUUUAAAUAUAAUCGAUAGUUUAUUUGAUCUUAUUCCACAACAACUUAUUCAAACAUUAUUAAUAACAUCAAAUAAUCCAUCAUUACCAAUUAGUAUACAUAAUAAACAAAUGCAUGAAUUAUUUUUAAAACAUCGUCGUUCUAUCGAAGGAAAAGAUUUUGAUUUAUCUAAUGAAAAUAAUCAAGAAUAUCAAUCAUAUUUAUAUUUAUUAUUAAAUAUACUUUUAAUUUAUACAUAUAGUUAUUAUCCAAAAUAUUUUAAUAUUCAAAAAAAUCAUAUAAUACAUAUACGUUCAUUAAUAUUAUUAACACGUAUAUGUCAUGAUUUAUCAUAUAUAUGUGUGGAUAAUACAUUGUUAAUAAAUUAUAUAAUUAAUUUAUUUAAAAAACUUUCAUUUCAAAAAAUAAUUUUAUGUUUAUUUAAUAGAUUUGUAAAUAAAGAAUCUGAUUUAUUAAAAAUAAAAGUAAUAUAUGAUUCUAAAAAUGAAUUAUUAUAUGAUCAAUUUACAAAAGAAUAUUUAAAACAAUUAAUUCGAUUAUUAGAAGAAAUUAUUUUACUUGAAAAUAUUAUUUAUUCAAUAGAUGUAAAUUUAAUUGAUCAAUUAACUAUAAAUCAAACAAUUUUUCUUUCAACAAUUUUACAAUAUUUAAAACAAAUUCAUUCUAUUGAAAAUCAUCAUUAUAUAAUUAAUUCAGUUAUAAGAAUAUUACCUCAUUGUGGUUCAGCAUUAAAAAUAAUAAGUACUCGUGUUAUUGAACAAAUAUGUCGAAAUUUAACUUUUGUUGUACAAUAUUAUGAUCAACAAGAAACAAAACUUGAAUUAAAACAAUCAUCCUCUUUUGAUGCAAUUGAUUAUAUCAUUUAUUUAAUUCAACGUCUUUCAUACAUAUGUAAUUAUUGUCUUAAUAAUACUGCUUAUAAUACACAACAUUUUACUCAAACAUUGUGUCCACAACAUUGGAUAAAAAGAAUAAAAAUUAAUACAAAUGAUCUAUCUAAAACUGCUCGUCAAUCAAUGUUAAAUAAACUUCCAUUAAUUUUUUCAAGUCUUUUAUUUAUAUGGAAAACUGUAUCAAUAAAUCAAACUAAUUCAAUAUGGCUAGUUAAGAAUAUUAAACUCAUUCGAGAGAAAAUAAUUGACUUUAUAUCAUCAUUAACAAAAUCAAAUGGUUUUUCAUUUCUUCGUGCCAUUAUACUUUGUUGGGGUGAACGUAAACAACAACAAAAAACAUCAAUAAUACAAAGAGAUAAUGUUAACGAAAUACAAGCUUUAAUUGAUAUUCUUAUCAAUAUAAAUAAUUAUACAACAAAUGAUAUCAUUUACAAUAUGAAUAUACUCAUACAAAAUUUAUCCACAACUAAUAAUAAAAAAAAACAAAAUUAUAUUGUUUGGUGUCUGCAAUUUCUUUUGGCUUAUUUAGAACAACAAAAAAAUGUUUCUAUUGAAUGUUGGUCAAUAUUAGCUAUUAUGUUUAAAGAAUGUUUAACACAAUCAAUGUCAUCAUCAGUUAUAUUUUUGAUAAUAAGAAUAUUAAGUUUUUAUGUUGAACAAUCAUUAUUUACAGUUGAAAAACGAGAUUUAAAAGACUUACAAGAUAUAAUAAUGAAAGUUCUUGAAAAUUGUAAUACAAUCGUUGCUUCAUCACUUGAACAAACAAAUUGGUUACGGAAAAAUUUACAAGUACGUAUUGCACAAACGGAUCCAUGUACCCAACCAAUAACUAUGGAUUCAUUCAAUGAACUCGAUCGUAGUUAUACUAAUGAAAAUACUUCUUUAGAGUUUGAUGAUAAUUCACAAUCAAUGAAUUCUAGUCUUAUGGCUUUAACGAUUCUUGCUGAGCAUGCUGCAAAAUUACUUGAUAUUAUUUAUAAUAUAACUGAUGAAAAAGAUCGUAUUAUAAGUCCAUAUUUACAAAAUCUUGUCAACAAUGUUAUGCCAUAUGUUCGCAUACAUGUUAUAGUCAAUGCACCAUCGUAUCGUGCAGCAUCAACUUUACUUAUGAAUAUAUCACAAUAUUCAUAUACAAAGAAAACAUGGAAAAAAGAAGUAUUUGAACAAUUAUUUGAUAUAGGAUUUUUUCAAGUUGAUUUAUUAACAUUAACUUCAUGGAAAAUAAUUAUUGGUAAUAUGAUAACAGAUGAAAAACUAACAUCAUUUCGUGAUGUUAUGAAUAGAAUAAAUACAGUUCAAACAGGUUUAUUAGUUUCAAAAGAACAAGAAUAUGAACAACGUGCUAUGCUUAUUAAACGUUUUGCUUUUGUUAUUUAUUCAUCAGAAAAAGAUCAAUGUAAUCGACAGUUACCAGACAUACUUGAAUGUAUUGCUGAUCUACUUAAAUUACCACAAGUACCUAUAGUAUAUACACAAAUAUUUCUUCUGUUUCGUGCUUUAUUAAUAAGAAUAUUAAAUAAAAAUUUGAUCUCGUUUUGGCCAAUACUAAUGGCAGAACUUAUACAAAUUUUAUUACAACUUGAACAAGAUCUUUUAUUCGAUAUUGAAGGUGACAUCAAAUCAAAUGUUCAACGACUGACUACAAAUGAUAUAACAUCAACAAAUAUUUCUAAUGGAUCAUCUGAUUCAAAUUCUUCAUUAAAAAUGUAUUUAUAUGCUUGUAAACUACUUGAUAUUCUUCUAGCAAUGCCCUAUUCAGAAUUAUAUCAUUUUCAACUAUUUCGCUCUGCAUUUGUUACUGCUCAUGAUAUAACUAAUUCAAAUUCAAAUAUUGAUAUAUUUAUUGCUUUUUCAAUACGUUUAUUUAAAUUAUUUGAACAAAAACUUCAAUUAAUGCCAACAUCUAUACGUAAUCAAAUACCAAUAAACAACAAUUCAAAUCAUCCAUUACUUCGUUUACGAACAAUAUCAAAUAUCAUCGAAUUAUUUCCAUUUUUUAAUUGUUUAGCUAAAAUGCAUAUAAAUGACAAUUUAUAUUCAAAAAAUGAACAAAUUUUAUUAUCAGAUACAAUGAAUGAGAUUGAAACAAGUGUACUUGAAGAUUUUGUUGAGUCAUGGCUUUAA